CAUAUCCACAUAUAUCACACAACAAGACACAGGUCCUAAAUCUCAGCUCAUCAUCAGUCACCACGUCGCUUCAUCGCAACCAAACCAUGGAAAGGUUCUACUACCUCGCCGCCGUCACCUUCGUGCUCCUCGUCUUGCUCCACCACCUCUUGAUGGGCCGCGGGAGGCGGCGACGCCUGCCACCUGGGCCGCGGUUCGCGCUCCCCAUCCUCGGCCACCUCCCCUUGCUCAAGAAGCCGCUCCACGCCUCGCUCGCCGACCUCGCGGCGCGCUACGGCCCGGCCGUCCACCUUCGCCUCGGCAGCCGCCACGCCGUCGUCAUCGGCUCGGCGGGGCUGGCGAAGGAGUGCUUCUCCGGGGACCUCGACAUCACGAUCGCCAACCGCCCGCACUUCCCGUCCGUGCGGGAGGCCUCCUUCGACUACUCGGUAAUCACCCUCGCCAACUACGGCGCGCCCUGGCGCACCAUGCGCCGCGUCGCCACCGUGCACCUCCUCUCGGCCCAUCGCGUCAACAUCAUGUCGGACAACGUCAUCUCCCGCGAGCUGCGCGCCAUGGUGCGCCGCCUUGCCCGCGCCUCAGCCGCCACGCCGGGCGGCGCCGCGAGGGUCGAGCUGAAGCGGAGGCUGUUCGAGCUCUCCCACAGCGUCCUCAUGGAGAUCAUGGCGCAGACCAGGAACACCUACUCCGACGACGCGGACGAGGACAUGUCCAAGGAGGCGCGGGAGAUGAAGGACAUCGUCGAGGCGAUCGUCCCUCUUGUUGGUGUGGCCAACAUCUGGGACUACAUGCCUCUGCUUCGGUGGUUCGAUGUCUACGGCGUGAAGAAGCAGCUCAGGGACGCGGUUAACCGAAGGAACACGUUCAUCUACAAGAUGAUCGAUGCAGAGAAGGAGAAGCUAAAGCAGCUGGAACGCAAGAACGGCAAGGACGACUCUGACGAGAAGAAGAGCAUGAUCGCCGUCAUGCUGUCGCUGCAGAAAACAGAGCCCGACGUCUACACCGACACUUUUAUCAGCGCUCUCGUGGCAAAUCUGCUGGGCGCUGGCACGGAGACAACCUCAACGACAAUGGAGUGGACAAUGGCGCUCCUGCUUAACCACCCAAAUGCACUGAAAAAGGCGCAAGAAGAAAUCGACUUGAACGUCGGAGGGGGUCGUCUUCUUGACAAGAACGACCUUCCCCACCUGCCGUACCUCCACUGCAUCAUCACUGAGACUCUCCGGCUGUACCCUGCCGCGCCGAUGCUACUGCCGCAUGAGGCAUCCACCGACUGCAAGAUCCACGGAUACGAUGUCCCCGCAGGGUCCAUGGUCCUUGUCAAUGCGCAUGCCAUCCACAGGGAUCCAGCUACGUGGGAGGAUCCGGAGGAGUUCAGGCCGGAGAGGUUCGAGCACGGCGGAGCAGAGGGAAAGUUCAUGAUGCCAUUCGGGAUGGGGAGGCGCAAAUGUCCUGGGGAGAAUCUUGCAAUGCGAACCAUGGGGCUGGUUCUAGGGGUGCUGCUCCAAUGCUUCGAUUGGAGCAGGAUUGGAGAUGGAGAGGUUGACAUGGCAACAGCCACUGGCACCAUCAUGUUUAAGGCUGUUCCUCUGGAAGCUCUCUGCAAGCCACGAGCGAACAUGUCUACUAUUCUUAAGAAAAUCUAGGAUGAAAUCUUAAAAUUUUAUAGGUAAUAAAUAAAUGGCACAUAAAAAUGUAAUGCUUAUACCGUCUGCUAUACUUUGUGCGCGUGUAUUGCAUACUUGUGCAUACUCCAUACUAUUGUAAAGAUUAUAGUACAACCUUUGGG